AUGAACAGUUUGAGAAUAAAGCCGACAAAGUUCAUCCUCUGCCGCGUCCUGAGCUCGUGUUUGAAGGCUCCGGAUAUCUUUCUGGGUCUGCAAGUCCACGCCCAUGUCAUUCAAGCUGGAUAUGAAGCCAACGUCUAUCUGGGAAGCAAGCUUGUGGACCUUUACAGCAAGUCUGGGGAGACCGGAGAUGCUUGGAGAGCUUUUAAUGGCCUUGGAGAGCAUGACCUGGUCUCCUGGACCUCAAUAAUAUCUGGGUUCGCACAGAACGGGCGUGGAUGGGAAGCUUUGUUAUUAUUGAAGGAGAUGUUCAAGGCGGAUGUCAGACCCAGUAGCCAUACUUUUGCCAGUAUAAUCAGUGCAUGCAAAAGGCUGGAGGAGGCGUACGAGGAGGGCCAGUCUCUUCAUGCCCAAGUUAUAAAAUCUGGUUUUGAGCCAAACAGCUUCGUGAUCAGCUCCCUGAUCGAUUUUUAUUCAAAACAUGGGGAAAUCGAGCAGGCCCUCUCGCUCUUUGACCUUUCUUCAGAGAAAGAUACCAUCCUUUACAACUCUAUUAUUUCUGGGUUUUCUCAGAACAUGCUUAAGGAGGAAGCCCUGAAACUUUUCUUGGAGAUGCAAGAGAAAGAAAUGAAGCCAACCGGAUUCACAUUGGCUAGCCUUCUGAACACCAGUGGGGGGCUGGCUCUGCUUCACCUGGGGAAGCUAAUACACUCUCUUCUAAUCAAAUUAGGUUGGGACAUGAAUAUGGCUGUUUCAGGCUCUUUGGUCGAUAUGUACUCAAAAUGUGGGAUCAUUGAUGAGGCUCGGAGGGCUUUUGAUUGUGCACCCGAGAGGAACAGCAUCAUGUGGACCUCAAUGAUCACUGGUUAUGCACAGAAUGGGAGAGGAUUAGAUAGUCUUCAGUUGUUCGAGAAAUUGGUGGAGGAAGGUGGCGAACCUGACCAUAUAUGCUUCACUGCUAUAUUGACCGCCUGUAACCAUGGGGGUUUUCUUGACAAGGGCAUCCAUUAUUUUGAACUAAUGACAAGUGAAUAUGGCCUUGUUCCUGAGCUAGACCAGUAUGCAUGCAUGGUGGAUCUCUAUGGAAGGACUGGGCGCCUCAGGGAAGCCAAGGAACUCAUGGAGACCAUUACGCUCGAGCCUAAUGCUGUCUUGUGGAGCUCCUUUUUGAGUUCAUGUAGGACGUAUGGCGAGAUGAAGCUGGGGAAGGAGGCUGCAAUGAAACUUUAUGAAUUGGAACCGAAGAGUUCUGCACCAUAUAUAACACUUGCGAGUGCAUUUGCUGUAGUUGGGAUGUGGGAUGAAGUAGCUGAGGUUAGGGGAAUGUGGAAACAGAAAGGAGUUAAGAAGAGCGCCGGAUGGAGUUGGCUUGAAGUGGGCAACAUGGUCCAUUUGUUUCUUGUAGGAGACAAAUCACACACUGAGUCUCGGGAAAUUUAUUCAACACUGAAUCUAAUGACCUUGCAGAUGAAAGAAGGCUUUUGGCAUCUAGAUGAACAUCUUCUUUGA